AUAGAAAACAGAAGCCACGUGCUAUGGUCUCGUAUCCUGUCAUACCCUCCUAGGGGCAACCGGAGUUUGUCUCAAGUAGUAACUGUCACGAGGGAGGUUGUGGCUGGAAGGCAGAUAUAGAUGGUAGUGUGACAGUGACAGGUCCUCAGCCAGGCCUGCUCCGUCGCUGCAAGACCUCCCCAACCCUUCCUCAGAUUGGUGGCUGGACCAGAUGGUCUCUCGUGGCCGAAAGACAGGACCAGGUUGUCAGUGACAGGCAGAGGUCAUAUGACUUGACAGACCGAGGUCGUGUUGUGACAUGUUGACCUGGGGAGGCGGGUCAAGUCUCGGCGCACUACCCGAGAAGCCUCUGGGGCGGGGCAGGGCAGGGCAAGUCGCGACUUUCAUCUUUGGGGGCUGGCCCCUCCCGGACCUGGCAUUCCUGGCUCCCCCAACAGAUUGUGGUUUAGGAAGGGGGCCCCUCCCCGGGGAGGGCUGGGAUUGGCCACCCGUGGCCUGGGAAGAGGCUCAGAUCCUUCCGCGGAGGGCGGGGGGGCCGUGUGGGGUGUUUGUUCUCUAGGGGAUUAAUGGGGGGUUGUGGGGGAGGGGUAGGCGCGCUCCCGCAUGCGCACUGCGGCCCCUCCUGUUGGCUCGUCGUUGUCCGCUGGGCGGGGGCUCGGCCCCGCCCCUCUCCCGUACGGGCAGCGGUGGCGGCGGCGGCGGCGGCAGCGGCGGCGACGGCAGCGGCGGCGGCAGCGGCGGCAGCAGCCUGCGCGGUGCCUUCUGGGAACGGAAUCCCCAGGGCUGCCCCUGGCCCCCAUGGCGCAUGCGCGGGAGGCCGCUCGGUGAUCCGCGGCGGCGGCGGCGGCGCUUCCUGCUAAGACCGGCCGGGGCCGUACCGGAGGCUCGGGCUUCACCGACCCUCCUCCCACUCCCUCCCACUCACCCUCUGGGCCGCGACUGCGCAGGGCGGGGCCGGCCGAACCAUGGGCCGCGGUGUGGGUUAAGCCGGAGGCACCGGCUUUAGACUGGACCCCACAAUGUUUGCAGAGAUGUUCAGGCACGUGGGAGCUGAUUACACACAAUGAAUGGGGGCAAUGAGAGCAGUGGAGCAGACAGAGCUGGGGGCCCUGUGGCCACAUCUGUCCCCAUCGGCUGGCAGCGCUGUGUUCGAGAGGGUGCCGUGCUCUAUAUCAGCCCAAGUGGCACAGAGCUGUCUUCCCUGGAGCAAACCCGGAGCUACCUCCUCAGUGAUGGGACCUGCAAGUGUGGUCUGGAGUGUCCACUCAAUAUCCCCAAGGUUUUCAACUUUGACCCUUUGGCCCCGGUGACCCCGGGUGGGGCUGGGGUGGGGCCAGCAUCAGAGGAGGACAUGACCAAGCUGUGCAACCACCGGCGGAAAGCCGUUGCCAUGGCAACUCUAUAUCGCAGCAUGGAGACCACCUGCUCACAUUCUUCUCCUGGAGAGGGAGCAAGCCCCCAAAUGUUCCACACUGUUUCCCCAGGGCCCUCCUCUGUCUGCCCUCCUUGUCGAGUCCCUCCUCCUACAACCCCACUUAAUGGGGGUCCUGGCUCCCUUCCCCUAGAGCCACCCUCAGCUCCACAGGCUUUCCUCCCUCUAGCAGGCCCUGGGGGGCUUUUCCCACCACCAAGGCUUCCAGACCCUGUCCCCUCUGGAGGCAGCAGCAGCAGCCCCUGUUUUCUCCCAAAGGGCAAUGCCCCCUCUCCAGCUCCACCUCCUCCACCUGCUAUCAGCCUCAAUGCCCCUUCUUACAACUGGGGAACUGCCCUCCGAUCCAGCCUGGUGGCCCCUGAGCUGGGCUCUCCUCCAGCUCCCCACCUGUCCUCCUCACCACCUUCAGACCCUCCUCUCUUCCACUGUAGUGAUGCCUUAACACCCCCUCCCCUGCCUCCAAGCAAUAAUCUCCCUGGUCCCCCUGGUCUCCCUGGUCCUGCCACUCAGCCACCAGUGUCUUCAGCCACUAUGCACCUGCCCUUGGUCCUGGGACCCCUGGGAGGAGCCCCGACUGUGGAAGGGCCUGGGGCACCCCCCUUCCUUGCUAGCAGCCUACUUUCUGCAGCGGCCAAGGCACAGCACCCGCCACUCCCAUCUCCCAGCACUUUACAGGGCCGGAGGCCCCGUGCCCAGGUGCCCUCAGCUUCCCACUCAUCACCCCGGCCCCCUCAGCGGCGUCCCCGCCGACCUCCAACUGUAUUGCGACUGCUAGAAGGGGGAAGUCCUCAAGUCCCUAGAAGGAGUCGUCCUCGGGCCCCUGCUCCUGCCCCUCAACCCUUCCCUCUCCCUGAGCCAUCCCAGCCAAUCCUCCCCUCUGUGCUGUCUCUUCUGGGACUCCCCAGCCCUGGCCCUUCCCACUCUGAUGGAAGCUUUAACCUUAUGGGGUCAGAUGCACACCUUCCUCCUCCCCCAACCCUCUCCUCAGGGAGCCCUCCCCAGCCCAGGCACCCCAUUCAGCCCUCCUUGCCUGGGACCACCAGUGGCAGCCUCAGCAGUGUGCCAGGUGCCCCUGCCCCACCAGCUGCCUCCAAAGCCCCACUAGUUCCCAGCCCUGUGCUUCAAAGUCCAUCUGAAGGGCUAGGGAUGGGGUCGGGCCCAGCCUGCCCGCUACCUCCCCUGGCCGGGGGAGAGGCUUUCCCUUUCCCCAGUCCUGAGCAGGGCCUGGCGCUGAGCGGAGCUGGCUUUCCAGGGAUGCUAGGGGCCUUGCCUCUCCCUCUCGGUCUGGGGCAGCCUCCACCUUCUCCACUACUCAGCCACAGUUUAUUUGGCAUGCUGGCUGCGGGAGGGGGACAACCUCCCCCAGAGCCCCUGCUACCCCCACCAGGGGGACCUGGCCCUCCCAUGGCCCCAGGCGAGCCCGAAGGGCCUUCGCUUUUGGUGGCAUCCCUGCUUCCACCACCCCCCUCAGACCUUCUUCCACCUCCUUCUGUUCCUCCCAACAACCUUCUUGCCUCUUUCCUGCCCUUGUUGGCCCUGGGCCCCACUGCUGGGGAUGGGGAAGGAUCUACAGAGGGAGCUGGGGGUCCAAGUGGGGAGACAUUUUCAGGUUUAGGAGACCUACCCCCCCUCCUCUUCCCCCCACUUUCGGCCCCCCCUACCCUCAUAGCUUUAAAUUCUGCGCUGCUGGCUGCCAGCCUGGAUCCCCCCUCGGGGACGUCCCCCCAGUCCUGUGUCCUGAAUGCCCCCCAACCUGGACCACCUACCUCCAGUGUCACCACGGCAACUACUGACCCGGGAGCCUCCUCUCUGGGCAAGGCUCCCUCCAACUCAGGGAGACCCCCCCAACUCCUUAACCCUCUGUUGAGUGCCAGCCUGCUGGGUGACCUGUCUUCGCUGACCAGCAGUCCUGGAACCCUCCCCAGUCUGUUGCAGCCUCCUGGCCCCCUUCUCUCUGGCCAGUUGGGGCUGCAGCUCCUCCCUGGGGGGGGAGCUCCUCCACCCCUCUCAGAGGCUUCUAGUCCCCUUGCCUGCCUGCUUCAGAGUCUCCAGAUCCCUCCAGAUCAGCCAGAAGCACCCUGUCUGCCCCCUGAGAACCCCACCUCAGCUCUCGAACCGGAGCCUGCCCGGCCUCCCCUCAGUGCCUUAGCCCCACCCCACGGUUCUCCUGAACCCCCAGUCCCUGAGCUGCUCACUGGGAGGGGGUCAGGGAAACGGGGUCGGAGGGGAGGAGGGGGACUUAGGGGCAUUAAUGGUGAGGCCAGGCCAGGCCGGGGCCGAAAGCCUGGCAGCCGGCGGGAGCCUGGCCGACUGGCUCUCAAGUGGGGGGCACGUGGUGGCUUCAAUGGACAAAUGGAACGGUCACCAAGAAGGACUCACCACUGGCAACACAAUGGGGAGCUAUUGGAAGGGGGUGCUGAGCCCAAGGAUCCAUCCCCUCCCGGGCCCCAUUCUGAGGACCUUAAGGUGCCCCCGGGGGUAGUUAGAAAGUCUCGUCGUGGCCGGAGAAGAAAAUACAACCCUACCCGGAACAGCAAUAGCUCCCGCCAGGACAUCACCUUGGAUCCCAGCCCCACAACCCGAGCGGCUGUCACUCUGCCUCCCCGGGCCCGCCCUGGCCGUCCUGCCAAAAACAAGAGGAGGAAACUGGCCCCAUAGCAGCCAUACCUGGAGCUGGAUCUGACCCUGACUGGGGAGAGCUGAGUGCUGAGCCUUGGGAGCCCCUGCCAGCCACCUGCACCUGUGGACAGUGGGUGGGGGCACUACUCCCCACUCAGAGCACAAAUGCAACCCCUUCCCUACAAUCCCAUCCUGAGCCAUUGCAGGGGGUAGGGAAGCUCACCCCCUCCUCCCCAAAGCCAUGUCACUGAAAAGGCCUGGGGGGGUGGUAUAUGGCCCUCUCCCCACCAGGCUAAGGGGAACACCCCCUCCCCCAGGUCUUUUAUUUGUUUAAGUUAUUUUUGCACAAAUGACUUUUAUAUUUAAUUGGACUUCAUUGCCUCCCUUCUUGAAGCCAGCAGGCUCAGUUUACAAACCUGUGAGCUACUGUUGGCUGCUGCCCUCCUUCCCAGUGAAAGGUACAAAGCAAUAAGCAUCAUGCAUCUUCCCCUCACCCCUCAACACCCUUCUGCCUCUGGCUCAGGUUGCUCAAAGCACAGAUCCCUUCAUACCCCAUCCCCAGGUUUGAAACACAUAGCCUCAUUUCAAGGUGUAGCCAGCUUCCUUCUACUUUCCUCUGGGAUAUAAAAAGGGGGCAAGGGGGCAAAGAGAACCCUCUGGGCCUCUCCUCCCAUACACACUACACUGCCCCUUCUCCCCCCCCCCCCCCAAUCAAAACGCUCAGAGACGUUGUGAUGAUGCGACUGAGGAUUAUGCAACGUGGUCCAACCGGAGCGGCCAGCAUGACCAGCUGUCCAGGGGCUGCCUCCUGCCUUUUCUUUUGUAAAGACAAGACCCUUGGGAGUUUUAAUUCUGUUUUGUACUUGCCCUGUGGGGCUUCCACUGCUUUUCUAUGGGAGACACUCUUAAUUUAACAGAUGAGAAUAUUUUGAAACUCUG